AUGCGUCUCAUUCUCUGCUCAAACAGCAUGGCGGACGAAGUGGAGCAGCAGCCGAGCACCAACACGGUGGAGGAGCCGUUAGACCUGAUCCGCCUCAGUCUGGACGAGCGGAUCUACGUGAAGAUGAGGAACGACCGCGAGCUGCGAGGAAGGCUGCACGCGUAUGACCAGCAUCUGAACAUGAUCCUGGGUGAUGUGGAGGAGACCGUGACCACAGUGGAGAUAGAUGACGAGACCUAUGAAGAACUCUAUAAGUCGACCAAGAGGAACAUUCCAAUGCUGUUUGUGAGAGGAGACGGAGUGGUCCUGGUCGCCCCACCCCUUCGAGUCGGUUAA